UAUAGCAAUAGUGUGUACCACAAGCGGCGCGCCACGCUAGCAAUAAUCUGUAAUACGAGUCCUUGGGACGGUUCUUGGGACGAUCCCACGAAUGGGGGAUAUGAACGUUGAAAUCACAAGAUAUGAGUCUUGGCUUUGUGUGUACAUCGAUGUGAGUCUCCUCUAAAUACUAAAGUAAAAUGGAUUCCCGUGAACUGCAGGAGCACAGAGAUAGGUUGUAUAGAACCAUUAUUCAAAGUGCGGCAUUUAUGUCUCACUUUAGAACAUUCAACACACAUCUGAGAGACAGCAAGACAAACCAGCAGCUACAAGUGGUCCAGGAGAAUGGUGUGCAUGUUCUAUUUGGCAUGCUUAAGAUUUAUUGGGGAACGCAAAAAGUGAUACACCUAAAGCAGGAAGAGCUGAGCUGGAAACGUCGGAGCACACGUUUUGCAUUUGACAAUGGAUUGGAUGAAAACCUCCUGAGUGCUAUGAGAAGUGGUGAUGAGAACAGACGUCCAAGCACAAAGCUACAAUAUCUUGAAGAAGCAGGCAGUCAACAUAGCCAGCAGCAUAAUGCAGGACCACCCAGGGGCAUGCACAGAGGCAGGAGCUUUGAUAUGGCUGCAGUAGAGGGAGAUGCCGAUGAGGGACAUAUGGAGGAAGAUGGUGAUAUCGUAGCAGAUACUGUGCACAUGAGAACGGGUCAGUCCUCUACGAUGCCACGCAAAUGCAACCUGCAAAGAAGAACAAUGUCAUUCAGUGGCCAUCUCUACAAUAGUAAGACUGCAGUAUUCAGGCCUAAAUAUGGAACCGUAUCCAAUGUGAGGGUGUCAAGCAGACAGACUACAAAUGAGGUCAUUACCCUGUUACUCAAGAAGUUUGCUGUGGAGAAUAGAGUGGACGAAUUCAAUCUCUACUCGGUCUUGCAUCAUGGAGAAACACAUGCAUUCCAAUUGAAUGACUUCCCACUGCUGAAGAGAGUGCAACUGGGUCCAAAUGAAAAUGUUGCCAAGAUAUUCAUAAAGGAGAAGAAAUCGGAUGAAAUCUCCCCUGAGGUGGCAGGAUUUAUGAAUCUUCGAAUCCCUGAGUUGGAAGCCAUUUUGAGAAAGUUCCAAGAAGAAGAAGAGAAAGAGGUCAUGAAGAUAAGACAAAGAUAUGUCCAAUACAAGGCCAACCUCCAGAAGAAGCUUGCAUUACUGGCAGCAGAAAUUGAAAAAGAAUCCAAGUCCAAAGGCAAACGCAAAAGCAAAGACAAGAAGAAAGGCAAGGACAAAGGCAAGGGUAAGAAGAAAUAGAAGCAGAUAACUCCAGCUGGCUGACAACGUUGACCCAAACAAUUACAGUAAAUAUCAAUGGCCUUGAACAGGUAUAUUGCUGUCUACUGUUACUUCAUUUGAGACUACAUGAUUUAGAUUUUAACCUAUGGGCAGUUCCAGCGUUAUGAAAGGAAGUGAAAUGUCCGUGACAGAGCCAAUUAACCAGGAUAUCUCAUUAAUGAUUCAGAGAAAUGAUCCAAAACUCCUAGUCUGCAAUCUCCUUGACCAUUACUAGAUGAUGGAUGUAUAAGAUUGGAAAAAAAUACAUUUUCAGGUUUAUUCACUGAGCUCUUAAAAGCUCUGUCACAGACAUUAUAUCACACUGGAAUUGCCCCAAUGACUUACAUUUGACAUGUUUGGGAAUGGAAUGGGGCAUGAAACAAAUGUAGUACAAUUGCUAUACGGCCAUACUGAUACAGUGUAUAAUAUAAAAUAAACAAAUAGUAGAACUUCAGGGGGGGGGGAUGAUGCACAAUCAUUGCAAGCAGGUCUUAGUUGUUGAUUUAGAAAUGAGGGAAAAGAUUGGCCAUGUGUAAUAUAACCCAUGUUUCCCACCAUUGAUAUUAUAUUAUCAAUUCAAAGGAUGUAGAAGUGAUUCUGCACAAGCAAUGAUUGUAGUGGACUGUUACAGCCUGUUAAUUGAUAAGAUCGGUCACAAGAAUUAAGGUAGCAUGACAGUGUAUCCUUGAGUUUACCAUAUUUAGUAUUGACUUGUACAUGUACAUGUUUUUAUGCCAAUACUACAUAGAAGUGUUUAUGGCAGAGAUAAGCCAGGCUUAAUCCAUUUUUAGUCAGAAGCAACAUUUUUUUGUUUACUGUCAAGAAUUUUCAAAAACGAUACCCACAGAAACACACGUAGAAUAGAAUAGUACAUGUAUAGAAUGGAAUAAAAUAAUUGUCUUAGUCAGGCAUUAAAAGAUGCAGGAAAAUUA